GUUUUGGAUCUUUUUCGAGCGUAGCACUCGGUGGGACCACUGGCAGACACGUCGCGCUCAUGACGCACGCCUCCGUGGCGCCGCAACCGACCAGCAACCAAGGCGCCAAGGCCUGCGCGCAGAGCCCGGAGGAUGCCAACCAAGUCAUGGGGGCUACGUACGUCGAGCCCUCGCUCCGGGCGGAAAGCUGCUUCCCGCUGGACGUGGUCAGCAUCGUGCUCGCGUUCCUUGAUGGCCCGAGCUUGCUAGCUUGCGCAUGCGUUAGCACGCAGUGGUACGGCCUCACGCACGCGUCGCCCGUGUGGAAGAACCUCUGCCUUGUGGUGUGGCCGAGCUUGGCCCAUGCGCUGCCACAGCUGCCGGGCGCGCCGGAAUACGAUGUCAUUCGUCUCUACCGUGGAAGCUGGCGGCGGUGUUUUCUCGAGCGCCAUGCGAAGAACCAACGCGGGAGCAUUCGAGUGGUCAUUCCCGACUUUGCGCAGUGCAGCGCCGACCGCAUUGUCACGGACACGUUUGCCAUCAACGACCAUCGGUUUUGUCUCUGGAUCUUCCCACGCGGGAACCCGCACGAGCCCGAGUACGCGAGCCGGUCCAUCUCCGUCUACCUCGUGGUCACGGAUCUCGAGAAGCGGCUGCCGACAUGGCUCACAUGUGCAGUCUUUAGUCUUUGCAUCGAGCACGCGACCGACCCGGCCAAACACAUUUUCUGGCAUGCGUCGCUGCACGACAACCGGUUUGACACGACUCUCUUCAACUGGGGCGUGCACGCGCUCGGCGACCUCGAGACGCUCAAGAGUCCAUCUGGCGGCUACUUGUCGUCGAAUGGCGCGCUCUGCGUUUCAGCGCGCGUCCGGCUCAUGAGCAUGACGCUGCGGUUGUACCUCGAGCCCGACCUGGUGAAGUACCGCGGCCGAGGACUCGUACCGAAGGAGCCAUCGGCCGUGGUGGAGGUGCCAUUUUGCACCUCGUUGGAGGAGCUCCAUGCGCUCGUGCGGCAGCAGUGGCCCGAAUUGCCGCUCGGCUGCACCCUCUGGAGCUACAGCCAGAGCGUACUCACGGGGCAGACGAUGCGCCCACGCAAGUGCCUGCAGCCGUCGCCGGUGUCGCCGCCGCGCCCGUUGUUCGGCCACCAGCUCAUCGACGGCGUCGACAUGGAUGCAUACUCGAGCUGCCAGCUGCUCGUCGACCCGACAGGGCUCUCGGGCGACGUGCUGUUUGUCAAAGUCUUUCAUGCCGACCGGUGCGAGCUCGAGUACGUUGGCCGCGUGCGACUGGCCAACUGCCCGAAUCCCGCUGCGUUCCAAGGCCACUUGGCGUCGACGAGCGGCGUGUACCAUACGUUCAUCGAGGAGGUUGCGCCGGUUCUGGUCUCGACACCCCUUCCGCCCGACCACAUCUUCUCUGCGUCCGACAUUGUUAUCCUCGUGCCCGAGGUGCCAACCCCCAGCACCGCGUUGUCGCGACUGCGGCAGUAUCUCCAACGCGACCUCGAGCAAGUGUACAGAGAAUGA